CUUCACUUGUGUACACAAAUCACAGAGAACCUAAACCCUAAAACCCUCUUUCUCUCUCUCUCUCUCUCUCUCGCAUCAAUGGCCGACUCUAUCUUCUCGAUUCAAUACCUCAAAGCUCUCGUUCAUUCUCAAAUCCAUGAUGAUGAGAAAUGGGACUUCAAUAUGAAAUUGCUUCGUGCUGCUGGAUUGUUCGCAGGAUCAAUAGUAGUGUUUCGAAAUUACGGCGAUCUUAUGGCAAUCUAAAAGUAGAAGACUAUGUUGUCUGUAAUGGUCUGCUAUUAUCUACUUAAACUGUAAUGUCUUGGCUGUAGUUUCAAUCUAUAAUGAGCAGGAUUACUUUCAGGCUUUUGAUUAAGUGAUGAUUAUGCUUUUUCAAUUUGGUCAUGUUGACCUUGUGUCUCUGCACGUUUCCUUGUGCUGAGGCCUGAGAUGACUGUCUUUUGAUAAGAAAUUACUGUUUUAGCAUUCUUAAAUUGUGAAGGUU